AAAAACUAUAUAAAGAAUGAAGAAAAUUCAAGAAUUGUUAGUUUGCAUUUGAAACUUUCAUAAAAAUAAUUACGAUAACAAAAUGUCACGUUUUGUUACUACCUUUUUUAUUGUGUUGGUGGUAUUUGCUGUCACAAUAGAUGUUGAAGCUGGUGGACGUUGCUCACCAGAUGAAGUUUGGUCUGAAUGUGGUAGACAAUUAAGUUGUCAAAGAACAUGUUAUAGAAGACAAGUUUGCUCGACGGAAUGUGAACCAGCUUGUAUGUGCCGAUCGGGUACUGUUAGAAGUUCCGAUUUUAAUAGAACAUGUGUAUUAAUACAAAAUUGUCCACAAUAAUUUCAAUAAUAAUUAUUAAAACAGUUGACGAG